AUGCUUCUGUCCAUCGUUGGCCAACUACUGGAAGGAAUUUCGGGCCGUGGAUUCCUCGAUGAGGUUAUAAAUCUAUACCACAAUUCCAAGGCAAUUGGAAAGUCAACAGAUAUCAAGGCGCUGAAAUCUGCAUUUUUGCAGAUAGUAAAGCUUUCCAAAAAGACAUUUGUCAUUCUUGACGCUUUAGAUGAAUUUCCCAAUGAAACACGGGAGAGUCUCCUAUCCUGGAUCCGCGAACUCACUGUUGAUCACGAUGCAGGAUCGCUUUCCAUUCUCCUCACCAGUCGUCCGGAAGCCGAUAUAGAGAAAUCCCUUGAACCACUUACCACUUUUUCGAUAUCGUUACAAUCCAACAUUAUCGAUCCGGAUAUCCGGUCAUAUAUACAGAACUCCCUGGGCGAUAGGGAUGGUCUCAAGGAAUUUACCAACGAAAUUAAGAGUGAGAUAGAGGACACACUCGUUUGUCGUUCACAAGGAAUGUAUGUUAUAUCCAACCUCUACAUCUUUAACUUACGCUGACACAAGGUUGAAUAUCUGAAGGUUCCGAUGGGUGCAUUGUCCUUUGCGGAUUCUACAAAAAUGCAUAACACCAGCGGCUGUAAGAGCUGCGUUGCGGGCACUGCCGGAAGACUUGGAUUCUGUCUACUUGAGGAUCCUCAAUAGUAUUCACAAGACGCAGAGGGAAUACAUUCGGCGAGCGAUGCAUUGGCUUGCAUUUUCGGCAAAACCAUUGACAUUAGGCCACCUUUCGGAGGCCAUUGUGAUCGCAUACGAUGUCAACAAAUAUGGCGAGGAUUCGGAACCUCUUUUCAAUCUGAAGUCCCUCAUCAGCAUUUGCCCAAGCCUUAUUUCCUUUGAAGAUACCAGGACUGGCAACUCCUCCACUCAGGAAGACCGCAAAUUACGACUAGCUCAUUUCUCGGUAAAAGAAUAUUUGAUCUCCCAACGGGCUGCGCAGGGCCCCGGUGCCUACUAUCAUAUUUCGGAAGAGAAAGCAAAUUUACUGAUGGGGCACGCUUGUCUCAGUCGAAUACUGCGACAUAGUGCACAAGGUACGAUUAAUGGGAACAAAGUCGAAAAAAAGUCGUUUCUCUACCACAGUGCUCGCUAUUGGUUCGUGUAUAUCAGAUCUAUUGAGGAU